AUGUGCUUAAGCUGGUUGCACAAAUCUUCUACCACUGCGAAGUCGCAGUCAAACAAUACUGUUCCCGAUGAUAUUACCAGCCCUCAACCGAAAGAAGAAAUCAGCGAACCAUACAGUACCCCAUCCAAUAACUUGAGGCCAUUAUCUGAGCUGGUGGCUGAACAGAAGCGAAAUCGAAAAUGGUAUCAUUAUCGUCCAGGGGAUAACGGUGGCUUAGAUGCUGUCGGUAAUGUGUGA